AUGGAAGUCAUAAACACAACUGAAGUGAAGGUCUUUGUGUUUACAGGACUAACUGACAAUGGUAAACUUGCCCCGUUCCUCUUCAUACUCUUCUUACACAUUUAUAUGGUGACCAUACUGGCAAAUAUUGGCAUGAUGGCAGUUAUCUUUAGCAGUGCAACCCUCCAUACUCCGAUGUACUUCUUCCUGAGCUACCUCUCUCUAGUUGACAUUUUCUACUCAUCAGUUAUAACGCCUAAGAUGAUGCAAGACCUCAUUUCUAUAAGCAAGACCAUCUCAUUCAAUGGCUGCGCCCUACAGUUUUAUUUCCUUUCUGCCCUAGCAUCUAUUGAGGCAUUUCUUCUCUCCAACAUGGCAUAUGACCGGUAUGCUGCUAUCUGCCACCCGCUCCACUAUGUGUCAAUAAUGACCAAGAAGAAAUUUAUUUUUCUUGUUUCCUUUGUCACUUCCAUUGGCUUCCUGCAGUCAUCAGUGCAAACCAGCUGUGUGUUCAGUCUACAGUUCUGCAGGUCCAACCUUAUAGACCAUUUCUAUUGUCACACGCCUUCAUUACUCAGACUGUCCUGCUCUGACACAUUCUCCUGUGACAUGAUAACUGUUUACUUUGUAGGUACUUGUGGCCUUGGUUGUUUGAUGGUCAUCCUAGUGUCCUACAUGCUCAUUAUAAUGUCUAUUUUACGGAUUAAAUCUGCUGAGGGCCGACAGAAAGCAUUCCGUACCUGCUCCUCACAUCUCUUGUGCAUCUGCAUUUUCUUUGGGACAGUUUUCCUCACUUACCAGCACUCACCUUCCAGUGGCUAUGAGAAACAAGACAAGGUGGCCUCUGUCCUUUAUUCUGUGGUGACACCAAUGCUGAACCCACUGAUAUAUAGCCUGAGGAACCAAGAGGUGAAACGGAUCAUUAUACGAGCAAAGCACAAUCUUACUGAUCUAAAAACAUAA